UCCAUGAAUUACAGUGGAAUCUGAGAAAGGUGGUGUGUGAGUGACUACAAUUUGAUAGACUACAAAGAGAGUGACUGAGUGAGAGAUGAGCGGGCAAGGCAAGGUGGCUUGCGUGACUGGAGCUUCUGGGUACAUAGCCUCAUGGCUGGUGAAGCUCCUGCUCCAACGCGGUUACAUCGUCAAAGCCACAGUUCGAGACCCAAAUGAUCCAAAGAAGACAGAACACUUGCUUGCACUUGAAGGUGCUAAAGAAAGGCUUCAUUUGUUCAAAGCAAACUUACUUUAAGAAUGAUCCUUUGAUUCUGUGGUUGAUGGAUGUGAUGGAGUAUUUCAUACAGCAUCUCCAGUGGUACUGAUUGUUGAUGACCCCCAGGCACAACUAAUUGACCCAGCACUGAAAGGAACAAUGAAUGUUCUAAGAUCUUGUGCCAAAGUUCCAUCUGUCAAAAGAGUGGUUGUAACAUCAUCUAUGGCUUCAGUCCCAUUCAAUGGGAAACCUCUAGCUCCUGAUGUGCUAGUUGAUGAGAGUUGGUUUUCAGAUCCAGUUUUCUGUGAGAAAUCAAAGCUAUGGUAUAUGCCUUCAAAGACACUAGCUGAGGAAGCUGCUUGGAAGUUUGCAAAAGAGAAUGGGAUUGACAUGGUUACAAUACAUCCAGGGUGGGUGAUUGGUUCUCUCUUACAGUCUACUCUUAAUCUAAGUGUGGAGGAAGUUCUGAAGCUACUAAAAGGAGAUACAUUUCCCAAUAAAACUCAUCAAUGGGUUGAUGUUAGAGAUGUUGCCAUGGCACAUAUUCAAGCAUAUGAGCUUCCAGCAGCUAGUGGCAGAUACUGUUUAGUAGGGAGCGUUUUGCACUGUUCUGAGACAAUGAAGAUUUUGUACAAGCUCUACCCUGCUUUAAACCUACCUGAGAAGCAAGAUGUGCAGACAACAAAACUUAUGAACCGAACUAUAUGGUGUCCCAGGAGAAAACUAAAAGUUUGGGCAUCAACUUCACUCUGGAGGUGAGCCUGAAGGACACUGUGGAAAGCUUGAGGCAGAAGAACUUUGUCGAUUUCUGACAUGCGGUAUGGCCAUGCAAAUUAGUGUGUUGGAGACAUAUAUCUUCUUAUAUGUUCAUUGUAACCUAUUCCAAGGACAUGCCUAGAUGAACCGUCUAGUUUCAACUUAUGUUUGUGGACUAUGCAAAGCCCAGAUGAACCCAGAAAUUGAUUGAUCAUGAUUUUAGCAGUUGAUUGGCAUUGAAA